AUGUUGGGGUUAAAGUACAGUGCUAGUACUGCUGGCAAUGCUGGCACUAUGCUGAGGCUUUUAAAAAAAUCAACUUCACUUGGGUGUUUGAGUUCUGUUAGGCGUCAUGGUACUUCAGCUGAACCUGAUAUUUCAAGAGAGGAAGCCAUUAUUCAUGGAGUCAAAGUUGGGGACUUCAAACGAGUUGCAGGCAAGAAAAGCACCGAGAAUUUAGACCUUUUGUUACUGGAAGAGGGGAUCAAGAAGACCGAUGAGUUAACCUCGAGUUUUACAGAUUAUAUGUAUAGAUUCAAUCGAUUGCCGGCGGACUUUGGAUCCAAUCAACUGAUUGCCGUGGAUGCUGAACUUCAGAAGGAACUAGAGGGUAUCUUGGCAAGUUUCGAAGCACCUGUGAAAUUUGCUUUUGGCUAUGGAUCUGGUGUUUUUCAACAGACAGGGUAUGUGCAAGGCGUUGAUAAGCCACAAAUCGAUUUAAUACUGGGAGUUAGUCAUGCGACACAUUUCCACUCUUUGAAUAUGAGACAGAACCCUCAACAGUACUCCAGUUUGAGAUACUUUGGCUCGUCUUUCGUAUCCCGUUUUCAAGAAGUAGGUGCUGGAGUGUAUUUUAAUCCAUUUGCUGAGAUAAAUGGGCACGAAGUUAAGUACGGUGUGAUAUCCAUGGAGAAGAUAUUGAAAGAUUUAGCUACAUGGGAUACUUUUUAUAUUGCUGGAAGAUUACAGAAGCCCGUUAAAAUUCUAAAGAAUGAUCUAAGGGUACAAUAUUGGAAUCAAUUGAACUUAAAAGGAGCUGCUAGUUUGGCGAAAUAUUUCACAUUGAAAAAGAAUAAUGGCGUCUUUGAUGAGUUUGAAUUUUAUAAUGAAAUUGCGGGACUAAGCUAUCUUGGUGAUAUCAGGUAUCAAAUAGGUGGCGAACACCCUAAUAAAGUGAAAAAUAUUGUUACAAAAAAUUUUGAGAAGUUCCAAUAUUACUAUAAACCAAUCUAUAAGGAUGUUGUUCUAAACAAUUCACUGUAUUUACCCCAAGGGUUCACACUAGAAAAUGCGGGACAUUUACUACAUGAUCGUAUCAGUAGUUCAAGCGCCUUGCAGACACUGAAAGGUAUUUUCACUGCUGGAAUAGCUAAAUCCGUCAAAUAUGCAUGGGCAAAAAAGCUCAAGACUUUCAAAAAUUAA